AAACGACUGACCUGUUUGCAGGUUGAAAGGGCUCUUGAUGUUGCUGAAACACUUGUUCGAGCAUCACCAGAUGAGCUCAAAUAUAUAGCAGGUGAUAUGGUGAGAACCCUUGUACAAGUACGAUGCUCUGAAAUUACUGUUGAAGGAGAAGAAGAAUCAGCUGAAGAGAAAAGACAAAAAGCGCUAGUUGCGUUGAUUGUCACAAGCCCUCUGGAAUCUCUAGAUAGUUUGAACAAACUGCUAUAUUCACCAAAUGUAGAUAUCAGCCAGCGGAUAAUGAUAUUGGAUGUCAUGACAGAUGCAGCUCAGGAGCUUGCAAAUGCAAGAAUCCAGAAGCCACAUCAUCGACCAAGUGCCCUCAUAUCGUCCACUUCAGACCAACCCUGGUUCAUGCCGAGAAGCACUGGGCCUCCAGGAGCAGGGCCCUGGAAAGAGAUCUCAUCGACAGAAACUCCAUUAAACUGGUCGUAUUCUUAUGAAAGAGAACUUCCAUCCAGACCAGGUCAGAUCAAGAAAGGGAAGACACGUCGAUGGAACCUUAAAUCAACAAUGCAGGAAAACCAGACUGACUGGUCCCAAAAUAGGUUUCCCCAGUAUGCAGCAGCAUUUAUGCUUCCAGCCAUGCAGGGAUUUGAUAAGAAGAGACAUGGUGUUGAUUUGCUAGGGAGGGAUGUUAUUGUCUUGGGGAAACUUAUCUAUAUGCUUGGCGUUUGUAUUAAAUGUGCAGCGAUGCAUCCUGAAGCAUCUGUUUUGGCAUUCCCUCUUUUGGAUAUGCUAAGAUCCAGGGAGAUAUCUCAUCACGUGGAACCGUAUGUUAGAAGAUCUGUCCUUUUUGCAGCUUCGUGUGUAUUGUUGGCCCUUCAUCCCUCUUAUGUUGCAUCAGCCGUGGUUGAAGGGAACGCUGAAAUCUCAAAAGGACUAGAGUGGGUUCGGACUUGGGCCCUUCAAGUUGCUGAAACAGACACAGAUAGAGAAUGUUACACGCUGGCUAUGGCAUGUCUUCAACUCCACGCUGAGAAGGCCUUGCAAGCGUCUCGAGCACUUGAAUCUGCAGAAGAUACAUUGAAAGUGAAGAGCAUUAAUCUGAUUCCAAGUGCGUCAAAUGUGUCAAUUAAGCUCCCCUAUUCAAAUGCAGGUCUUUGAAUUGGUAAAAACCAAAAUUUUCAUUAUCCUUUCGUAUAAAAUCCUUGGCUUUAUUUCAAGAAAAUCUUUUUACUACUCGACCGUCGAGAAUGGCCCGGGACAAAGGGCACGGAGUCGGGUGAAUCAGGUUGGAAGUGAAAGUUGUUAAAAACUGAUGUAUGGUUCUUAUAGCCACUCCCUAUUCCGUGGUCGACGUGGAAGAAUGUGAUUGUGAAUUUUGUGUUGGGAUUACACUGUCUCAAGGGUAUUACUAUUUAUAUUUAUAUAAGUGUUGUAAAAGCAAUAUUUAUGAUAGGCCUUGAUUUCAAUCUACUGUGGUAUAAACAAAAUAUGGAAAGAAAGUUGUAUGCUUAAAACUCAACGUGUAUAAUUCAAAUUUUUUGUG